GUGCGGCGGCUAGGUCACGUGGUGCGUCGGCAGACAUGGCGGCUGCUUCGGUUUUUUCUCGGCUUCGAACGGGUUCUAAGCUGGGACCACAGUACGACCAGGAGGGUAACGUUAUCGAGGUUGAAACUCGUGAAGAUGAGGAGCAAAGUAUAAAAUUGACAGAAAUUUUAGAAUUACUGGUUGCUGCUGGAUACUUCAGGGCAAGAAUUAAAGGAUUAUCACCAUUUGACAAGGUUGUGGGUGGGAUGACGUGGUGUAUUACAACAUGCAGCUUUGAUAUUGAUGUUGAUUUGCUUUUUCAAGAAAAUUCUACAAUUGGUCAGAAAAUAGCAUUGACAGAAAAGAUUGUGUCUGUUUUGCCAACUAUGAAGUGUCCACAUCGUUUAGAACCACAUCAGAUCCAGGGUCUGGAUUUCAUACACAUAUUCCCUGUUGUUCAGUGGUUGGUAAAACGUGCAAUUGAGACCAGAGAAGAGAUGGGAGAUUACAUUCGAUCUUUUUCAGUUUCUCAAUUUCAAAAAACUCACAGUCUGCUUGAGGAUGAUGACUUUAAGCAGCGCAAAGACAAGGCUAUGAAAACAGUCAUCGAAGUUUCUGAUGUUUAUAAACCACAACGCAAGUACAAACGGUUGGUUGCAGCAGAAGAGUUGGUGGAUGAAGAAUCCAGAGUCCAUUCCACUCUCUUGGAAUUUGGCCGUAAGUACGGUUUCAGCAAACAGUCAAAAACUGAAAAGAGUGAGAGCAACAGAGGAGCGCUGGGCACCGAACUAGCAACUGACGUAUCUGAGGAAGAUCAUCUGCAGGCUGAUGAAGAGCUUCGCAUUAAAAAACUGAUGACUGGAAUGACAGUGAUGGCAACUGAAGAGGGAAAACUGACUGCUAGUACAGUGGGUCACAUUGUAGGGCUACAGUCAGAAGAGAUUAAGCAGAUUGCGUCAGAAUAUGCUGAAAAGCAAUCUGAGUUUUCAGCAGAGGAUCGUCCUGAACGACUUGGAGCUGCUCAGCAACAUCGAAGACAAGUCGCAUCUCUGAAUAAGCAAAUCUUGCAGAAGUCAAAACAGCUGGAAGAGCUUCAAUUGAAAUGCAGUGGGAUUCAGGCUACCUGUGAGGAAGCAAAGAAAAAACUGGUGGAGGUCGUGAAUUAUGGCCAGAAACUGGAUAAAAAACUGUCUGCUGUUGAAAUUGCAGAAUCCCAGGCUGAUUCUGGCAUACUGGAGAAGUUGAGAGCGUUGGUCACAAUGAAUGAGGGACUAAAGGAUCAGGAGCAGCAGUUUAGGAAUCAUUGCCGGGAAGAAAUGGCUCGGUUGCAGCAGGUUAUCAAAAAUCUCAAGAGUGUAGCAGGGACUGAGGAUGCUGAAGAGAAGGAACAUAGUGAACUUAUAGAGGAACAAUAUAAAGGAGACAGGGAAAAAUUACAGAAAAUACGACUAUUGCUGGCCCGACGCAAUAGGGAAAUUGCUGUUUUGCAACGAAAAAUUGAUGAAGUACCAAGCAGAGCAGAAUUGACCCAGUAUCAGAAACGCUUUAUUGAACUCUAUAAUCAAGUUGCAGCAACUCACAAGGAAACAAAGCAAUUCUUCACACUCUAUAAUACACUUGAUGAUAAAAAAGUGUACUUGGAAAAAGAGGUUAACUUGUUGAAUUCCAUUCAUGAUAACUUCCAACAGGCUAUGGCUGCUACAGCUUCUCGAGACCAGUUUUUACGGCAGAUGGAACAGAUUGUGGAAGGUAUUAAGCAAAAUCGCAUGAAGUUGGAGAAGAAAAAGCAAGAAAACAAAAUGAGACGUGACCAGCUGAAUGAUGAGUACCUUGAACUGUUAGAGAAACAGCGUCUGUACUUUAAAACUGUUAAAGAGUUUAAAGAGGAAUGUCAUAUAAAUGAAAUGUUAUUGACUAAAAUGAGGACCAAAGGGGCUUCCUGAAUGAUCUCACUGGGGAUCCAAGGGUGGACCUGCUAUCAUCUUUCAAAUCCAUGGCCUGAAUUUAUUACUUAAUAAAAACAAAGGAAUAGGAACAUGGAACUGAAUGUAUCAUAUCACCUUAUUUGUUCGUGAAAUGUUAACACGUUUCUUUAUCAGCAAGAUAAUAAAAUUUGUCUGAGCAAAUCUGUUGUAUUAUAGUUUCAA